GAUUUUAAGACUUUUGUGGAUAUAGUGUUAGCUCUGGAAAAUCGCAAAGAAGUUCAGUCCAUAUACUUCUUGUUUUCAAUACUAGAUAUCAAAAGUCAACGGUUUAUCGAUUCGUUUACUAUUAACUACUUUUUUAAGGCAAUUCAGGAACAAAUGAGACUACAAGGACAGGAACCGCUUAACUUCGAUGACGUGUGUAAUGAGAUCUUCGAUAUGGUUCGACCCCUAGAGAUGGCAAAAAUCACAUUUGAAGACCUUAUUUCGUGCGGUCAGGCGGAGACUGUGAUGAAUAUACUGAUCGAUAUAAACGGUUUCUACGCGUAUGAGAAUCGGGAACAACAGUUAGUGGAAGUGGAGGCACAACAAGAAGAGGCACACGUUUGAAGGCUUGAUAAACACUUUUUAUUCAUUUUUAAAAACUCAUUAUUUUCUAUUGUAAAAAUAUAUUUAACAAUUUUAUACAUAUUUAUCACAAAUGAAUGGCUAUAAUAAAAC